GACAUGAGAAAAGAAUCUUUGCAGGAUGUGGGAGGAGGUUUCAACUUACGUCAAUCAGAGAGAGCAAAGUGUUGGUCAACAUGGGCAGUGGAGGUGUUCUUGACUGGGAUUUUGAAGCAGCAUCAACUUACGCCAAAACAAAAGAAGAAGCAGCGACUUCUGCUGGAGAAAGUAAGUAAAAGGAAACAUCUUCUGACUAGCAAAGUUGCUCUAAAAUCAUUUCCACAAAAAAUACGAGACAAGAACAGCUUGAGAAAAGAUAAGCUAAAUGAACACUUGAGUGAGCAUCUCAAAUCCGACGAUCUGAGGGAAAAGAAUAAGAGCCUACAAGAAGAUUUGUCGUCAAUAUUCAGAUGUGAUACUGAAUUAGAAGCUCAUCCAACAUUCUCUUCUGAAAACAAUACCUUCAAGGAAAAUUCGUUCGGAAACAAGUUGGAAUCUUCGAUGUUCCGAAUAAUAAACGAGAAAUUCUAUACUAGUGAUAGUCGCAGUGCAAUACAAAUGCUGAAGAUGGACCCCACUGCCUUUCAAAUAUAUCACAAAGGAUACCAGAACCAAGUGUGCAAAUGGCCAGUCAAGCCCUUGCAAGUAAUCGCUGAGCUUCUGAAGCAGAGAAGUGAAUUGCUAGUUGUCGCUGAUAUUGGUUGCGGUGAAGGACUCUUGGCUUCAAUGGUGCCUCAGAAGGUCUACUGUUUUGACCUUCAGAAGUUAAACAACCAUGUAAUCAUUUGCGACGCUGCUAAAGUGCACAUGAAACUUGAGCCUUGCUCUGUUGAUGUUUGUGUGUUUUGUUUAUCGCUUAUGGGAACAAACUUCACUGAUUUUUUGAGAAGCGCGAAUGGCGUUUUGAAAGAAGGAGGCACACUUUUAGUGGCGGAAGUGUCAAGUCGAUUCGAAAUUGUAUUGAAGAGCAAAAGGGCAAAAAAGAGAAAGAAAACUAUCAAUGAUACGAAACCUUUCGUGGAUUCUAUGGUCAACUUCGGCUACGAAUUAGUCUGCGAGAAGAGUUUUGAUUACUUUGUGUUUUUUGAAUUUCAGAAAGGUGCCAAAAGUAAUGACUCCUUAUUUUUGAAUGAAAUAACUCUUAAGCCUUGUUUAUAUAAGAAAAGGUAGAUUAAACCUUCUGUCUUUUUUUAUUCGACGAUAAAACUCUAGUUAAUGAACUCAGAUACAUUUUAUGGCAACCUAA